UCCUAGUCCGCCAUGAAAUCUGCACCAGUUCUAGCGGGAGACAUGGACCACCCGUUCAUCCCGGACAGGCCAUGCAUUCAGCUUUGGGGUUUGGUUUUGUUGAUAUCCGUGCAUUUGAAAUUACGAAUGCUACGCGUGUUCUAUUUCUUGAAGACGCAACAUGGCGCAUAGAAGACUUGGCUCCAGAGUAAGAGGCUGCAUGUACAAGAAUCUAACCAUCGCGCCCUCGUUUUCCCGUACUAUUUCGAAAAAAAACCCAAUGGUGCAUAGUGAGACCAGAUGGAUAGAGAAACAAUCAAUAACAGCAAACACAGCUUCGAGGAUCCUACCACGAUGGACGAGGCGACGUCAGAACUCACCCAGAAAGCUCGGCGACACCCGCCCUCCACUCCCACAUCCCGAAGACCAAGAUGCAACCUCCCCAGCAAAUCAGAGUCCAUCACUUCCCAAGCAUUACCCAUCUUCUGCCAGUGCUCGAAACAUUCCGCAACAGCAUUGGGCCAAAUAAAACCCUGCAUGUGCUCUUUCUCUCCUAC